AUGGCACACGCUUCUCUGUUACAGAUUGAAGAAGGAAGCAAAGCUGCAGCGGUUGACAAGUUGCUGGCUGGAGACGAGAUCGUGGGCAUCAAUGACAUUGGUCUCUCAGGGUUCAGACAGGAAGCCAUCUGCCUGGUGAAGGGGUCCCAUAAGACCCUGAAGCUUGUAGUCAAAAGGAGAACCGAGCUGAGCUGGCGGCCACACUCCUGGCACGCCGCCAAGGUGUCGGACAGCCCGCCUGAGCCAGCAGCCUCGCAGCUCCCCUGUGCCCACGGCUGCCCCUCCUGGCAUGGCCGCCACCACGCCAGCUCCUCCUCCCAUGACCUGUCCAGCUCGUGGGAGCAGACAAACCUACAGCGCUCUUCUGACCACUUCAGCUCCCUGGGGAGCGUCGACAGCCUGGACCACCCCUCCCAGGGUCGCCUCUCAGCUGCCAAGUCCAACAGCAGCAUUGACCACCUGGGCAGCCAUAGCAAGCGUGACUCGGCCUACGGCUCGUUUUCCACCAGCUCUAGCACCCCUGACCACACCUUGUCUAAGGCCGAGGCCUCCUCCACAGACAACAUCCUCUACAAAGUCAGCCUCUGGGAGGCCUCUGGGCAGGGCGGUGGGUGGCAGGGCCAGGCCGCCAGUGACCCUCAAGGCUUAGAGGAGAGGCUCAUGUGUUUCCCUCCCAGGAUCUCUGGUGACUGUAAUAAAAGCCCUAGGCCAGAGGACAGUGCUGAGCCCAAGCUGGCCACUUCUGGGAGGUCCAAUUUUGGGCCAGUCUGGUAUGUUCCUCAUAAGAGAAAAGCACCUUCCUCUCCUCCACCACCCCCUCCUCCUCUGCGCAGUGACAGCUUCGCUGCCACCAAGAGCCAUGAGAAGGCCCAGGGCCCUGCACACUCAGAGGUGGCCACCACGCAGCACUUUACGUCCCUGGCCCGGCCUCAGCCUCGCAUUGACUGUAAACCAGACCCCGCCGACCGGCAGCGAAGGCUGGCACGUCCCAGCAGUGGAAAGGGAGUGGACAGCUCGGGCUACCUGCCAGAGGCUCGCCUGGACUGCGGCUGGCUGUGCGCCGAUGAUAGGGCGGGCAGGCUGCAGGCCUCCCUGCCCGGCACAGACCUGUGCUUCCCACAGGCUGCCCACAGGGGCCAGCACCCCCGCCAGUACAGCGACGAGAGUCCCUGCUUUCCCCAGAGCACCAGGGCCCUAUCUGGCAGCCGGCAGGAGCCCCCCACUGCCCACUUCCAGGAGCAGAGUGCAGGGGGCGGCAGCCAGAGCCACUACAGGGCGGGCAGGCUGCAGGCCUCCCUGCCUGGCACAGACCUGUGCUUCCCACAGGCUGCCCACGGGGGCCAGCACCCACGCCAGUACAGCAACGAGAGUCCCUGCUUUCCCCAGAGCACCAGGGCCGUAUCUGGCAGCCGGCAGGGGCCCCCCACUGCCCACUUCCAGGAGCAGAGUGCGGGGGGUGGCAGCCAGAGCAACUACUGCUGUGCACCUGCCAGGCAGCUGCUCCCGGGGGAGUACUGGCAUUGCGACAUGGGCGUGAGCCAGCAACGUUGCCUACCUCAGCACGGGGAGGUCCUGGUCAUCCGGAAGAGAGAGAGGGGCUCCCCGCUGGAGGCAGGCUGCACCCCAGGAGUGCAGGAGCCUCUCAGAAGAGGCCAUGCUGGGAAAGCCGGCCAGAAGGACGUGGGGGACAGCUUUGGGUGGGCGGACAGCUAUGGUGGCAGAAUCUCGCCCCAGAAGACGCCCAUGCUACACUGCUUGACGCAGGAGGGUACAAGCCAGGGGGGCGCCGAGAGGCCAGAGCCAUUUGACUCCCAGGUGGGGAAGCCCAUGCGGAGGAGCAACCGAUUUGCCACCACCCUGAGGAAUGAGAUCCAGAUGCGCAGAGCCAAGCUGCAGAAAAGCAAAAGCACAGUGACACUGACCACAGCCAGCAAAGCAGAGGACACCACUGGUGACUGGGGGCCCCAGCUGGAAGGGGCCUCCAGUGCCACCCCAGAAGGUUCCUUCCCCUGCAGCUAUAAAGACCACCUGAAGGAGGCUCAAGCCCAGGUCCUGAGGGCCACGUCCUUUAAGCGCCACGACUUGGACCCCAGCCCAGCGGACCAGUAUCCAGGGUCCCCAGAACAUAGGACUGGGGACCACGGCACCUCGUGCUUGUUGUUCGGGGAUCCGGACCCUGUCUCUUACUUUUCGGAGGCGGGCCUGGCCAAGCCUCUGUCAUCUGGAAGUGGCAUGCCCCACGUCCCCCGCAUCGGAGGCCGGAAACGGUUCACUGCAGAGCAGAAACUGAAGUCCUACUCUGAACCUGAGAAAAUGAAUGAGGUGGGCCUCUCAGGGAACCGCGGUCCUCACCAGUACCCCAGGACGUCCGAGGAUACUGUGGGCACCUUUGCUGACAGGUGGAAGUUUUUCGAGGAAACAAGCAAACCCAUCCAUCAGAGGCCUGGGCAGAGACAAGCUCUUUGGGGAUUCCCGAGAGAGAAGCCCGAGAGGCUGUGCACAGCAGGCCAUGGGUGCGAGGGCACUGAGCCUUGGUUCCGGAAGAGGUCGAACACCACAUCUUCUGGGGAAAGCCUCCACGGUCACAGAAAAGUGGACAAGGCAGGGAAAUUGGAACCACCAGGGAGGCUCGGAACCUUUGCAGAGUAUCAAGCCUGUUGGAAGGAACAGAGGAAACCUCUGGAAGCCAGGAGUUCUGGGCGGUAUCACUCUGCAGAUGACAUUCUGGAUGUGGGUCUGGACCAACAGGAGAGGCCGCAGUAUGUCCAUGGAAGGUCCCGGUCGUCGCCGUCCACAGACCACUACAAACAGGAAGCAUCUGUCGAACCGGGAAGGCACGCGGAGGACCCUGGUGAGCACAGAGAAGAACUUCCCUCCACAGUGUGUGCCCCAGAGGGACAUUCCACUGCGAGACAAGCAGAUGCCCAGCGUCGGGAAGGCAGUUCAGGAGCACAGCCGUCCGGGAGCACAUUCUCGGAAUCACCUCGCACCCAGGAAGCCCCAGAGCUGCCCCGGGAGGGCCCGGGCCGAGCGGGGACCCUGCCUCGCGAUUAUCGAUACUCGGAGGAGAUCGCGCCGGCAGAUUCCCCCUCCGUGUCCAGCAGUGCCCAGCCCCAGGACGCCCCGACGGCUGCCUGUCAGCGUGACAGCCAGCAUGUGAGCGGGGACACGCCCUGUCCUCAGCCAGAAGCUCCGCUCCCUUGCACGCACCUGCACCUGCACGCAGCCGCCAUGGAGACGUCUCGCUCCCCUUCUCCGCAGUUUGCCCCCCAGAAGCUGACAGACAAGCCUCCCCUGCUCGUCCAGGAUGAGAGCUCCAGCAGAAUCGAGCGGGUGAUGGGCAACAACAGCAUGGUGAAGAUGGUGCCCAUCAAGAUCGUGCACUCGGAGAGCCGGCCUGAGAAGGAGAGCCGCCAGAGUCUGGUGUGCCCAGCCGAGCCGCCCGCCCUGCCCAGCGGCCUGGAGAGACACCAGAUCAAGACACUGAGCACGCCGGAGCAGUCCUACUCCCGCUUCUGCGUGUACACGCGGCAGGGCCCUGAGCCCAAGCCCCCCAGCACCCCUGCGCCCCUUCCCGGUCUAGGCUACGUGAGGGCCAAAGAGAAGACCGUGGAAGAGCUGAAGUCAGAGGCACUGGCCAGGGAGAUCGUGGGGAAGGAUAAGUCCUUGGCCGAUAUCCUGGAUCCCAGUGCAAAGAUUAAAACCACCAUGGACUUGAUGGAAGGGAUCUUCCCCAAGGACGAGCACCUCCUGGAAGAAGCCCAGCAGCGGAGGAAGUUGCUCCCCAAGGUCCCCUCCCCGAGGACCACAGAGGAGAAGAAAGAGGAGCCAAGUAUGCCAGCAGCCAUGUCCCUGGCCACCAACUCCACUUAUUACAGCACAUCAGCCCCUAAAGCUGAGCUGCUGAUCAAGAUGAAGGACCUACAAGAGCAGCAGGAGCCUGAAGAGUACUCAGGGAGCGACUUGGACCAUGACCUGUCAGUGAAGAAGCAGGAACUCAUCGAGAGCAUUGGUCGCAAGCUGCAGGUGCUCCGGGAAGCCCGGGAGAGCCUGCUGGAGGACAUCCAGGCCAACAAUGCGCUGGGGGAUGAGGUGGAGGCCAUCGCCAAAGACGUCUGCAAGCCCAAUGAGUUCGACAAGUUCCGCAUGUUCAUCGGGGACCUGGACAAAGUGGUGAACCUUCUGCUGUCGCUGUCAGGCCGCCUGGCCCGGGUGGAAAAUGCCCUGAACAAUCUGGAUGACAGCCCUUCUCCUGGAGAUCGGCUGGACCGCCGCAAGCGCGUCGUGUUUGACAUCUUGGCCAGGUAUCUCGGUGAGGACAGCCUCGCGGACUACGAGCACUUUGUGAAGAUGAAGUCAGCCCUCAUCAUCGAGCAGCGGGAGUUGGAGGAUAAAAUACACCUUGGCGAGGAGCAGCUCAAGUGCUUGUCCGACAGCCUUCAGCCCGAGAGAGGCAAAUAAGAGAUCCGUCCGGUGGAGGACGGACAUGGGGGCUUCAUGCUCUCUCCCCAAGGAUGCAAGUGCAAAGCCCAGCCUGUAUUUAUAUCCCGCAGAGAGGAUCCUCCAAUAGCAAAGUGGCUAUUAGAAAAGCAAUAACUUCUCUGUGUGUUUGGGAUGAUUUAUUUAAUCUUUUAGUUUCCCUGUUGAAUACUCAGCAGAGAGGCUCACCCGCAGCCGUCCUCCUCUCACCAUAGCUGCCCAUAAUGCCAGGCUCUGCUGAAUGGUGAGUUGCUACCAUGCAGGCUGUGGGCGGGGCCCGGGUGCCCGCAGUGGUCAUUGCCAGUGGGAGAUCUGCUGCUCCUCUUCAGACACUGAACCCACAGCUCAGGAGGCAACUGAGUAUCAUUAAGGUGCAUGAGCGUGGAGACCCUGGUGUGCGUGUCUUCUCUUGUGAUGCAUCAGGUGUGGCUGCCACGUUCGGUCCCUGCUCACUCAACAGUGUGUGUCUUCGUUGUCUCUAUCAUAUAAUGAUGUUCUCUGACCCAGCAAAAAUGAUGAUGAUAAUGAUAAUUUAUUAAUAUUUUGGAAAGAUAAAAAGAAAAAAAGGUUAAAGAAAAA